AUGUUUUCGGUGGUAUCGAAUCACCUGCUAUCUGCAAGCUAUCACAGAUGCGAUCCCUCUGAGGAAGCAGUGUUCCGACUGGAAUAUCAGACCUUGAAACGCCGCUUGCAGCGAAAAAACCCAAGUGAAAUUUCGCUUCCGGACUCUUUUCUGCCGCGAAAACCCCUCCGCGAUUACCAGGCAAUCACGGUACUUAUGGUGCUAAUCAACACGCUGCAGCUGUUGUUCGGAUUCCGAGCACUGCCUGUGUAUGCGCAAUACAUUGAAGUAAAUUCGCGCCACACAUUCGGCAUUUUCGGAGCUCUUGUUGAAGCUGUCAUAAUUUGGUAA